AUGGCCAUUCAACUAACUCGAAGAGGAGCUCUCUCUCUGCUGCUCUUCCUCACUCCAACAGUGAUGCCAACAUGGUAUGCAGGCUCAGGCUACUACCCAGAUGAAAGCUACAAUGAAGUCUAUGCUGAAGAGGUCCCACAGACUCCCAUCCUAGACUACCAAGUCCCCCGAUGGUGUUAUACAUUAAAUAUCCAGGAUGGUGAAGCCACAUGCUACUCACCAAGAGGAGGAAAUUAUCACAGCAGCCUGGGCACUCGUUGUGAGCUUUCCUGUGACCGGGGCUUUCGACUGAUUGGACGGAGAUCGGUGCAAUGCCUGCCAAGCCGCCGUUGGUCUGGAACUGCCUACUGCAGGCAGAUGAGAUGCCACGCAUUGCCAUUCAUCACGAGUGGCACCUACACGUGUACAAAUGGGGUGCUUCUUGACUCUCGCUGUGACUACAGCUGUUCCAGUGGCUACCACUUGGAAGGUGACCGCAGCCGAAUCUGCAUGGAAGAUGGACGAUGGAGUGGAGGAGAGCCUGUAUGUGUAGACAUAGAUCCCCCCAAGAUCCGUUGUCCCCACUCCCGUGAGAAGAUGGCAGAGCCGGAAAAACUGACUGCUCGAGUAUACUGGGACCCACCCCUGGUGAAAGAUUCUGCUGAUGGUACCAUCACCAGGUUGAUACUUCGAGGCCCUGAACCUGGCUCUCACUUUCCAGAGGGAGAACACGUGAUUCGUUACACUGCUUAUGACCGAGCCUACAACCGGGCCAGCUGCAAGUUCAUUGUAAAAGUACAAGUGAGACGCUGCCCAACUCUGAAACCACCACAGCAUGGCUACCUCACUUGCACCUCAGUGGGGGACAAUUAUGGUGCCACCUGUGAAUACCACUGUGAUGGAGGGUAUGAGCGCCAAGGGACCCCCUCACGGGUCUGCCAGUCCAGCCGCCAGUGGUCAGGAUCACCACCCAUCUGUGUUCCUAUGAAGAUUAAUGUCAAUGUCAACUCAGCUGCUGGCCUUCUUGAUCAGUUCUAUGAGAAACGGCGACUUCUCAUCAUCUCAGCCCCUGAUCCCUCCAACCGAUAUUAUAAAAUGCAAAUCUCUAUGCUACAGCAAUCCACUUGUGGACUGGACCUGAGGCACGUGACCAUCAUCGAGCUGGUGGGGCAGCCACCUCAGGAAGUGGGGCGCAUCCGGGAGCAACAGCUGUCAGCCAAUAUCAUUGAGGAACUCAGGCAAUUUCAGCACCUCACUCGCUCCUACUUCAACAUGGUGUUGAUUGACAAGCAGGGAAUUGACCGGGAACGCUACAUGGAACCUGUCACCCCCGAGGAAAUCUUCACGUUCAUUGAUGACUAUCUACUGAGCAAUGAGGAGCUGAUCCAGCGCCGGGAACAAAGAGACAUAUGCGACUGA